AUGGGAAGCGACAAAGGUUUCGUCGAGGCGCACCAUUCGCUCAUCGACCCUCUGAUCGAACCAGAACCCAGUGAUGAUACUGGCCUGAACAGUCACUUUGGAUCAACUUAUGCUCCUCGACAAAACCUUCCCACUCCACCGGAUUCCGCCGGCUCCAAGGAAUUCCCAUCCGCGACCAUCCGCCAGCACAACACUGGGAGCAGUGUCGGAACCAACCCCUUCCUCCGUUCGCAGAACACUGGAAACUCUGUAGAAACCAAUCCCUACCGUCGCUCCCGAGGCUCUUCUGUUUCAAAGGCCCCCGCAGUCCAAUAUGGAGAGACAAGUCCCCGAAAGUCUUCCAGAAACGAGUAUCCUUCUCCUCCAAACUCUACCAGUCCUCGACGUCAGCACUUCCGGGAUCACCGCAAAGAAGCAUUUGGAUCCAUAAGCGAAGGACGUCCCAGGCGAUCUAGCCAACCAAGCGGUAGCAGCCCGAUGAAGGGCGCCGGACUCACACGUGGUGGCUCUCUGCGUGAGCGUUUCCCUGGCGACCCGAGCACCCGGCCCCUGGAUACUAUCCGUAAGGAGACCAAGACUGCGCAUCGUGCUCCCCACCUCAGGAAGAGGAACUUCACGGGCGCUGACAUCAUCGAUCGUCUUGACAGGACGACCAUUGGAGGGGCCGCCUACCACCACGAAGGCCCUUACGAUGCGACGAACAUGUCGCGCAAUCUAGACUACAAGCACAGCCCUGUUGCGGCCGUGGCCGACUCCAACGAGGAAGCGUUGAGAGCUACACCCAGAGAGAACAUUGUCGAUGCUGUACACAAGCACCGCCCCUUGGAGGGCGUUGCCAUUGUCCCUCCAGGCAUUCCCGACCGCAUGGGUCGCACCUACGACUACAAGGAAGGUGCCGACCUCAUGCGUGAGCCCGGAGCCGACUACAAGCGCUGGCCCGGCAUCCCCUAUCACCCGGACGAUCUGAAGGGCAAGGGGGAGCCAUCCUACACCAUCGAGAAGGCUCUCAAAGACCAUAAGACGUACGGCGACACCGGAUCCGAGAUGCAGAGCCGCCACCGCCGCAACGUGAGCAUGGGCUCCAACGACGUCCCCGCCAACCUCCCUGCUGAGUCCCUCGACGCCGGCGCUUCUAGCGGAAUCGGCCGCAGCAACACUACAGGGAACGGCAUGGGUUCCGCGCUCAAGAAGCGCUUCGGCAGCAUUCGCCGCAAGAAGGUCGAGGCUUAG